CAGGAAUGACUCCUUUAUUGGCCGCAGCAGUGACAGGACAUAGUCAUAUAGUAGAAUAUUUAAUUAAAAUUCCACAUCUCGUAUCGAGAAAGGAAAGAAUCGACGCUUUAGAAUUAUUAGGAGCAACUUGUGUUGACAAAAAACGUGAUAUGAUGGGUGCUCUAGAAUUAUGGAAACGUGCAUUGCAUGAUAGGUACUUUGGAGACGGACCUCCGAUUCCCAAACAACGAUCUCCCAAAGUAGCUGCCUAUGACUACGUUGUUGAAAUAACCAAUCCCGAAAACUUGGACGAUCUCAUGGUGGAUCCAGAUGAGAUGAGGAUGCAAGCUCUAGUCAUGCGAGAACGCAUCCUUGGACCAGCUCAUCCCGACACCAGCUACUAUAUUCGCUACCGGGGAGCCGUGUACGCUGAUGCUGGAAAAUUCAACAGGUGCAUAGAACUGUGGAACUACGCCCUAGAUAUGCAACAAUCUAUGCUGGAGAGGUUAAACCCGAUGACUCAAAGUAGCUUGUUUAGCUUCACCGAGUUGUUUUCAUUUAUGAUGGGGGAAGAGGGAAAACAAAAUACCAGGGGCAGAGUGGUGCCCUCUGUGAAUGUGUUGGAUAUUCUGAAUGUUUUCAAUAAGGCUGUUAGAGAAAUUGAGUUGGGAAGCUUGAUGUUACAACGUAUUCCCAAUGCUGAGCGAGAUAUUAACUAUUUGACCCGUGUGAUGGUAAUUACUCUGCAUUUGGCAUGUCUAUUGACCCGUCUCCUAGACCAUCAUACUAGUACCGAACAAGUCACUAGAGAGAUACAUAAAGCUAUAUUCGACUUGGUUAAACUCAAUAUUAAAGCUAGAUCUGGCAGAAUGAUGCUUCAUCUAGCUUGUUGCAGAGAUGCUGCCAUAUUGGGAAGGUAUCCAGCAUGUCAGUUUCCUUCUCCACAUUUAGCAGAGGUAAGUAUUGGAACUACUAAAAAUAAAUCUGAAAGUUAUAUUCACUUCAUAACCAAUCAUUAGGUAACGAAGGAAAUC